AUGUCCAUACACGACAGCAUGAUGUAUAUGGGCGAGAGCACGACGUCUCUCGGGUACAACUUGACGUCUCCAGGCGACAACACGCCGGUGCAGGACUUCUACCGGGACUGCGGGGUGCUGGUGACGGGCGGGACAGGAUUCCUGGGCAAGCUUGUCAUAGAGAAGAUCCUGCGAUGCUGUCCCGCCGCCAGGACCGUGUACGUGCUGAUACGACCGAAGAAAGGCGUGUCGGCGGAGGACAGGAGGAAGGCGCUUAUGGACAACGAGCAACGUAAAGGUUCCGCGAGUUGUAGUUGCUCGCAGGUGUUCGAGCGCAUGAAGAGCGAGCAGCCCGACUGGCAGAGCAGGCUCGUGUUCGUGUCUGGAGACUGCUCGCAGCCUCGCCUGGGGCUGAGCGACACUGACUACCAUCACCUCACUCAACACGUCAACAUCGUGCUGCAUCUGGCCGCCACCGUCAGGUUCGACGAGACCUUGAAGGUGGCGAUCGCCAUCAACGUGAAGGGAACAGAAGAGGUCAUCCGGCUCUGCCGGGACUGUGUUCAUCUGAAGGAGGAAUAUCAGUUCAGCACAAUGUCUGUGGACGACAACACGCCGUCUGCAGGCGACAACUCGCCGGUGCAGGACUUCUACCGGGACUGCGGGGUGCUGGUGACGGGCGGGACAGGAUUCCUGGGCAAGCUCGUCAUAGAGAAGAUCCUGCGAUGCUGUCCUGCCGCCAGGACCGUGUACGUGCUGAUACGACCGAAGAAAGGCGUGUCAGCGGAGGACAGGAGGGAGGCGCUUAUGGACAACGAGGUGUUCGAGCGCAUGAAGAGCGAGCAGCCAGACUGGCAGAGCAGGCUCGUGUUCGUGUCUGGAGACUGCUCGCAGCCUCGCCUGGGGCUGAGCGACAGUGACUACCAUCACCUCACUCAACACGUCAACAUCGUGCUGCAUCUGGCCGCCACCGUCAGGUUCGACGAGACCUUGAAGGUGGCGAUCGCCAUCAACGUGAAGGGAACAGAAGAUAUCAUUCGGCUCUGCCGGGACUGUGUUCAUCUGAAGGGUGCUGUAUGUGUGUCGACUGCUUAUUCGAACUGCAUCCAUCGAGUGGUGAAAGAGGAGAUUUACAGCCCACCCAUGGCAUUGGAUCACUUGUUCAUGCUGAUGGACAGGUUUACUGAACGUGAAAUUGUCAUGCUGCUUCCAAAGAUAAAAGGGGAAUGGCCGAAUACUUAUACAUUUUCUAAAGCAAUGUCAGAGAACUUAUUAUCUACUCAGGCAAGAGAUUUACCCGUGGCUAUCGUUCGACCAUCAAUGGUUUUAGCAGCCAUCGCUGAACCUCUCCCAGGAUGGUUGGGGAAUGUGUACGGUCCAAUUGGCAUAUCCUUGGGAGCAGGCACUGGCAUCUUACACGUGUGCUACGUCGACGCAGAAAAAGUGCUGGACAUUGUCCCAGCAGAUAUGGUUUCCAACUGCAUUAUAGCGGCGGCUUUUGCGACGGAGAAUAGGAUUACUAUUGGACUUCGGCCUCAGCUGGAAGGGAAAGCCUCCAAUGAUGCUGAAAAUUUACAGAAAGUUACAAAAAGUUGCCAUGAUUACAAAUUACUUCUCGUUACAAGAGUGGAAGAUUGUUGACGAUAACACAAGAAAUCUUUACGAGAAACUUGAAAAUAGAGACAAAAAAAUAUUUUACUUUGAUACUCAACAGAGAAUCAGUCUACAACAAUAUAUGUUUGAUUCUGUUCUUGGAGCAAG